ACCGUAAGAUAUCUUUCCCAUAACAAACCGCCUCUCAUAACAUACAAACUGCAUCAGAUGAGAAGAUCCUCACUGCCUUAAACACGUCUCUGAAUCUCAUGUGUUAUACUAAUGCAUCAGAAUUUGAAUUCCUAACUUUGGAUUUGGACACAGCUGAAUUCUCAGACACUGCACAAUGGUUGAAGGUGUUUCAGAGGUAGCCGCAGUGUGUGUCGGCCUGAUCGGACUGAUCGGCGCAGCGGCUACAACGGGGCUGCCUAUGUGGAAGGUGACUGCUUUCAUUGGAGCGAACAUAAUUGUGAUGGAAACCCGCUGGGAGGGCUUGUGGAUGAACUGCUACCGACAGGCCAACAUCAGGAUGCAGUGUAAGGUGUACGACUCACUGCUGUUCCUGCCCCCGGAGUUACAGGCAGCCAGGGGGCUGAUGUGCUGUUCUCUGGCCUUGUCAGGACUAGGGCUCCUUGUGGCUAUGGCAGGAAUGCGGUGUAUCUCCUGUUUUCAGGGUAAUGAUCGGGCUAAGGCCAUUAUCCUGAUGGUUGCAGGUGUUAUGCAGUUCAUGGCAUGCAUUUGUGUUUUUAUCCCUGUCUCAUGGACAGGUCAUGUCAUCAUCAGAAAUUUCUACAAUCCUUUGCUGAUUGAUGCCGAAAGAAGGGAGCUGGGAGAAGCUCUUUACAUCGGAUGGGUGACUGGUGCCUUCCUUUUCGCUUCAGCCAUGUUGUUUGUCUGCCGCCGUUUGCCCUCAGACAAGGGUUCAUUUGACGUGUACCACCCAGCCAACCUGCUUGGUUACAAGCCAACACCCAGCAGGCCAACUCUGAUGAGGUAUCAUCCUAUCUCAAGUGUUUCAAGCCUCAGAUCGACUAGAUACCAGCCCUCUCUGUUGAAUAAUGGCCCUGCUGAACCGCAGCUUGCAAUGCCACUGGAAAAUGUUCCUCAGUUAAUGACAAAUGAUGGAGCACUAAUCAACCCUCCUGUUGUCUAUAACCCGAGUCUACCUGAAAAUGCGUCAUUGUUAUAUCAAGGAAGCCUGGCUCACCAUUCCUCCAUGCGGAGUUCUAACCAUGCUGGAAGCAUCUAUGCUCCAGGGAACUCCUUGUACAUAAGCCAAAACACCACGCCAUAUUCACUGGCUUAUAUCGGCAAUCCCACUGCGUCUUACCAGUCCAGCUUUCAUCCUGUUCCACACACUCCUGUUUUCAUAGGAUAUAAAGCAUCAAAAAUUCAACCGGAGUCUCACAGUGGGAGCAGUGGUGGUGUGUACAUAUAAUGCAAAAUCAUGAGUGGGAUUUUGUAGCCGAUUAAACUUUACAGACACAAAGCACUAUGCUUUUAAACUCCAGCAUCACAAGCUCAUUUAAACUUCUGGUGAAGGUAAAUAAUCUCUUUUUAUAUUAGGAUUAUCCGGAUGGCCAGACUAAAUAGCAUCUUCAACAUUUUUUUCUGCUAUUAAUACCCUUAUUAUUUUUAUCAUGCAAAAAUAUACAUGGGUUGUGUGAUCAUGUUGAAUAUAACUGCUGCUGCUGUUAGUGUAAAUAAAGGUGACAUUGUGCUAUUUUCAUGAAGCUCUCACAUGGGAUUAUUUUCCCAAAAUAGAUUAAUGAGAAAUCGUCUGUUUGGAACUGCAUAGCCUAAUGUUUUACAUCUUUGUAACCAUCUGUUCAUCAUAUUUUUUAAUUUGUUGUGGUUAUCACUGUACAUGUUUCAGUGUAUUUUUUUCAUGUCUUUUACUAUCAAGAUGCCUUUUCAGCCAUUCAAAUUGUAGCCAUGAAAAUGAUAACGGAAUGCUCAGUAGUGCUUAAAUAUAUAAUCAAAUAACUCAUUUGUAGUUGUUUGUUAUUGUUUGUAUUAGCAAUGAUCAUUAAAAAGGACAUUAUGAUUUACAAAUGCUUAGUAAAUUGGCAAAUGCAGUUUGUAGGAAGCAAUAGUUCACUCAGCGAGUUUGGCUUUGUGUGGCAUUAUUACAUUUCCGUAGUGGGCAGCAGUUCUGUAAAGAUAUGCAGUUUAGGUGACUGAAAGGCUGCAUUAUCUCCUGCAUAUUGGCCAUGUUAGCUUCUAGGAUAAGUUAGACUUUCUGUGAUACACUGCAGAAAUAAACAAGUAUGGUGGUACUGAUGUCGAA